CUGUAAUUGAAUCCGACUUCAAAUUGAAUUGUUACCACAUUAGUUUGAGACCACAGUGAGCACUUCUGAUAACACUACGUCAAGCUUGGGACCCUUCGUACAGACCGCGUCGAGAAUCCGAACGUCGUGACAAGCAGUCAUGUCGCUGGGCACUGAUCAGGGAUCGCCCGACUCAAGCUGCCGCCCUCUACCGGGUUUCGAUCGGGAACUUGUGGGCAUAGCCGUGGUACCGCACGAAUGACAUUAGCGCACACAGACUUCGGGUCCCACUCUCUACCGUGAGGCGCAGGCUUAAAAGGGACUCGUGCUAUAUGUGGUAGAAAGGCGAAACGUCCAACAUAGAGGAAUCGCGGAAGUCGAUAUUUGGGAGACCUCAACCAAAGCCUCGUCUCCUUGAGAUCACAAGAGUAAGCAACAUGUCGAUUGACGAUCACACCAUAGCAAGCAACGAUGGUCACGACCACGAGGUCGACCGUCCUCCACAAUCGUUUGGCAGCGACGUCAAGGAGAUCGAAUUUGGAGCCUUUGACCAUAGCAGCAUCCCACUUGAAAAAGAGGAAUGGCCAGUGCUUAUUAUAGGAUCAAGCAUGGUGGGCAUGAUGACGGGUUUGCUUCUCGGGUACCAUGGCAUCAAAAGUAUUUCUUUCGACAGACACCCACCCUCCGGUACUCACCCGCGGGCUGCUGGGUUAAAUUAUCGGACUGUUGAAAUCCUGCGUCAACUAGGCUUGGAAGCGGAUGCUAAGGCUGAGAGCGCUAAGGAAUUCGACAUCGACGCAGGUAUGCUGGUAGUGGAGAGGCUAGUUGGCGGUAAGGUGAUUGCACAAGUGCAAGAGAACGACUCUGCUGAAGUCCAGGACGUGACACCUUGCACUAGCUGGCUCUGGAUCACUCAGGCGAUGUUCGAACCUUUGUUACGAUCCAACGCACUCAGAUUUGGCUGCACACAGCUGUAUGGAAAGCUCGUAGUUCAUUACGAAGAAGAUGCGACUGGCGUGCUGGUGGUGGUGCAGGAUUUGGAGACCAAGAAAUAUAAGAAGUACAGAGCGCAGUACCUCGUCGCCUGCGACGGCAAUCGAAGCAGUACCCGAAUAAAGGAAGGCAUCAAGCUGAGCGGCGUUGGCACCCUGCGGAAUAGUCUCUCGAUGCGAAUUGUGGGAGAUUUGACACCCCAUCUCGGAAGUCGUUCUGUACAUGGCGUUGUCUACGUGCUCAACUCUGAUGUCAGCGGAGGAUUCCGGCUGGAGAACCAGGGCAAGGCAGCGAUUGUCAUGCUCAAUAGAGCAGGCGGCAGGGACGACUUUCCUGAGGGCAGUGUUAGUCCGGAAGAGGCGCGCAGAUUCGUUUACGCUCUGUCUGGGCUGCCCGAAGACAUGGACCUGGAAAUUCAAAAGUGUUCGUACUGGACGAUGACAUCGUACAAUGCAGACAGACUGCAGUCGCACGGCGGACGCGUACUGAUCGCUGGUGAUGCUGCGCACACUGUCCCGCCGACAGGUGGUCUUGGAGGCAACACUGGCAUCGGCGAUGCUCACAACCUUGCAUGGAAGCUCGCGUUCGUACUCAAGGGGCUUGCGUCUCACGAGCUGCUGGAAACAUAUACCAAAGAGCGACAGCCGGUCGACGCUUUCGCAGUCGAUCAGGCCACCAAGCGGUUCUACAACCGGGUUGAUCAUGUACAGCCCCCCAUCGCCGAGGAACCCAACUUGACGGUGGAGAUUGGCUAUCGUUAUGCCGACGGCGCUAUGGUACACGAAGAUGACCGUGUCGCACAACGUGGAGAGCCAUUCGAAAACCCCCUCACGCCCUCUGCUACUGCUGGGUCCCGCUUUCCACAUGUAUGGCUACAGGGUGAGAACAAGGAUGCCGAGCGUCUGUCAACAUUGGACCUAGUGCGGCAAAAUAUGGUGCUGGUUGCAGCCGAGCGUGACUCACCGUGGGUCACCGCGGCGCAGACUGCUACAUCGAGUGGGUUGGUACCUAUUGAUGCAUACGAACUGCACGAGACGUCAACUCCUUGGCGCGAUGUCGAGGGUGAGCUGCGCAAAAGGUGCAAGCUGCAGGUGGGCGAGGCGCUGUUAAUACGUCCGGACGGCUUCAUCGCAUGGAGGGCGAACACAGUCGAUAACCAUAAAGAUGCAUUGCAGUCGGUGCUGCAGAGACUGCUCGGAAGCCCAAGAUUGUGA